AUGGAUGAUAACAAGCUGCUCACCCUGGCCAAUGGAGAGAGGAUCCGCCUGCAGAACCACUGUGCUAUGCUAUUUGAGGUUUGUCACUAAGAUCACUAUAGUCUCUUCAGACCACACCUUACUUGCACAGUUGUUAAAGGGAUAGUUCAAUUAAAUAACAAAAUGACAUAUUGGUUUCCUUACCCUGUAAGCAGUCGAUGGGCAAGGUAUGACAGCAAUCCAUUAUUUGGUUUCGUUUCCCUGGCACUGUUUCCACAUGCUAGCGUUUUAGCAUUUGUGGCACAAAUCCCAUUCAAGUCAUGGGACCCAUAUUAGCAUGUUCAAAUCAUCUAUACGUGACUUUGUUGAGCUUCACAAUCAAUUUUAGAUACUUGUGAAAAAUUUGGAGAUGAUGCGCACAUUUUUUUUAAUAUCGGUCUCAUGACUUGAAGAGGAUUUGUGCCACAAAUUCUAAAAUGUUAGCAUGUGGAAACAGUGCCAGGGAAACUAAAUCAAAGCAUGAAUUGUUGUCAUACCUUGUCCAUAGACUGCUUACAGGGUAAGGAAAUCAUUGUGUCAUUUUGUAAUUUGGGUGAACUAUCACUUAAAGAAUUUCUCAAUGCGAAUCAUAAAUCAAAUUGUCCAUCAUGUGUUGUAGGUUGGAGAUCUGCAGUAUGCCUCCCCUGCUACAGUCUCUCGCUGUGGGAUGGUGUUUGUGGACCCCAAAAAUCUUCGUUAUACGCCCUACUGGCAGAAAUGGGUCAGCAACAGACCUCCAAAGGUAAGGACAUGAUACAGUAAUAUGCAUAAAGAAUAUUUAUCCUUUCAGCAUUAUCAAAAUGGAUGUUGCAAUGUCUCAUCUUGUAUCCACUUGUCUUUUCCUGGACAGGAACAGCCACACCUGGAGAAGCUGUUUGUAAAAUACGUGCCCAGCACUAUCGACAUGAUAGUGGAGGGUAUUGUUGACGGCAAACAGGUGGAGAAACUGAAGACCAUCGUCCCUCAGACAGAUCUCAACAUGGUUGGUACAGCCUGGCCUUCUCGAGUGUUAUAACAUGAGUGUUAUAACAUGUUGCUAAUUAUAUUUACCCAAAUUGAAUCUCAUGAACAGAAUGCAGUAUUUCCUGCAACAAAAUCAGUUGCUGUAUCACCCACCUAAGAUUGGAUUCAGCAAACUUCUUACCCUACAUUUCUAGUUCCAUAGUCCAUUUUCAUGAUGGCUGUCCAUAACCCCUGUCUGUCUGUCUGUUGUGUGUUGUGUUGUGUUGUGUGUACAGGUGACACAGUUGUCCAUGAUGCUGGAUGCCCUGCUGGAGACAGAGGUCUAUGAUGCUGAUGUUCUGGAGUGUUUCUUCCUGGAGGCUCUGUAUUGCUCUCUGGGGGCCUGCCUGCUGGACAACGGACGGGCCAAAUUUGAUGAUUUUGUCAAGAAACUGUCCAGCUUGACCACUGUUCAUGAUGAGAAGGCUCUUGCUGGACCUGGAGAGAUUCCAGGUGAGAGAGGCAAACUGUCCAAGCCAAGGGUCAGAUACAGUCAUACUUAAAUUUUUAAUUCAGCUAUUAGAUACCCAAAACUACAAGUUAUUCAUAAAAUGAAUAUUUGGGAUGUCCGUUCACACAGGUUACCUGCCAACUCUGUACGAUUUCCAUUUUGAUGGGACCAAGAAGAAGUGGGUUACCUGGAGCUCCCUGGUCACCAAAUACAUCCACAGCCCUGAUGUGAAGUUCAUCGAUAUCCUGGGUAAAGCAUCAAUGCAUAUGUGCUCAUCAGAAAACAAAUAAAUAAGCCAUCCACUGGAUUCCUACAGAUAGCAAAUGUACCAUUUUUUCAAACCUCACUUUCAUUUUCUCCCUCACCAUAAUUGUUCUUCUCCCUCUUCCUUCUCCCUCUUUUUCCCUCCUCCAUCUCUCUCUUUCUCUAUCUCUCUCAAUCUCUCUCUUCAUCUCUUUCUUACAGUCCCUACCGUGGACACCACGCAAGCCAGCUGGCUACUGGAGCAGAUGGUGAAGAUCAAGAGGCCUGUAGUUCUGGUGGGAGAGUCUGGCACCUCCAAGACAGCCACUACUCAGAAUUUCCUGAAGAACCUCAACAUGGACACUACCGUGAGUUUACAACAUAGGAUGUCACAGAGACACAGGCAGAGCACAUGACACUGAAAUGGCAACCUAUUCCCUAUUCAGUGCACUACUUUUGACCAAGUCCAAUUUAGGACACACACCAUGUGUAUGAACUAUGUUUAAUGUUGCUUCCUUGUGUCUCCAGAUGAUGCUGACCAUCAACUUCUCAUCACGGACCACCUCCAUGGACCUCCAGAGGAACCUUGAGGCCAGCGUGGAGAAGAGGACCAAGGAGAUAUACGGCCCUCCCAUGGGCAAGAGACUGCUGGUCUUUAUGGAUGACCUCAACAUGCCCAGGGUAGGUACCUGCCUGCUCUUCUCUGGCACCCCAUCACCCUCUCUUCCAUUCCUCAACCUGCAUCCUUUGCAUGUGUGUCUGUGUUAAUGUAGGUUAGCGUGUUGGUUUGUCUGGUUGAUUGUAUGUUGGUGUGUAAUUGUACCUGUGUCCUAUCAGGUGGAUGAGUAUGGGACCCAGCAGCCCAUUGCCCUGCUGAAGCUGCUGUUGGACCGAGGAGGCAUGUACGACAGAGGGAAGGAGCUGAACUACAAAGUUCUGAAGGACCUGGGCUUCAUCGCAGCCAUGGGGAAGGCAGGAGGUGGGAGGAACGAGGUGGACACCCGCUUCAUCUCCCUCUUCAGUGUCUUCAACAUCCCCUUCCCAGACGAGGACUCCCUCCAUCUCAUCUACUCCUCCAUCCUCAAAGGACACACCAGGGUGAGACACACUGUCACAGAUGUUAAAAUACAGCUGUUACCACCAAAAACAGCAUUCCCACACAUUAACUAUUGUAUGAAAUGACUUGAUUGUACUCUAACCAUUUAAACCGUAGCCGUUUGAGGAGUGCAUCCAGAAGAUGUGUGACAAGCUGACCUUCUGCACUCUGGAGCUGUACAAGAACAUCAUCAAAGACCUGCCGCCCACGCCAUCCAAGUUCCACUACAUCUUCAACCUCAGGGACCUGUCCAGGGUCUACAACGGUCUGGUCCUCACCAACGCUGAGAGGUCUUAAACAUUACCCUCAGUUGAAUCUAAAUAACAUGUGUUAAGAAGAUGUUACUAACACCUAGAAGCUCAUGUUAAGUGUUGUGUCAUGUUAAGUCUCUGAACGUUUCUCUUCUGUAGGUUUCUGACAGUCACCCAGUUUGUGCGUGUGUGGAGGAAUGAGUGCCUGAGGGUCUUCCAUGACAGGCUCAUCAAUGAAAUAGACAAAGCUCUGGUACGUUCAUCUGCAUGAUUCUGUUCUGCUUAAUCUUGAAAAAUGUAUUAAUGACUUUACAGUAACUUCCUCUUACUAUAUUGUACUUGUUUUCCAUUCUCAUCUGUCCCCUGUCUUGUUGUCUCAGGUCCAGGGCCAUAUACAGAACCUGAUAGAUGAGCACUUUAAGUCAGACUUGGAGUCAGCCAUGAGGGACCCCAUCCUGUUUGGUGACUACAGAACCGCCCUCAACGAGUCUGAGCCACGCGUCUAUGAGGACAUACAGGACUAUGACGCUUCCAAAGCCUUGUUCCAGGUACUCAGAAGUUUGGAUGAUGACUUUCAAACGUGUGUUGGAUUUUUACAUUUAUUAUUGUCCCCUGUCAUCUGUACUAGGCAAAAUUAAACAGCACCCUUUUUUCAAUAUGUUCAAAAUAUCACAACUUUACAGUUUGCCCAGUCUCAAGCCUUUGUCUCGUUGCUGACCUGUCCCUGUCACUGCUCUGUAGGAGAUCCUGGAGGAGUACAAUGAGAACAAGACCAGGAUGAAACUGGUUCUGUUUGACGACGCCCUGGAGCACCUGACCAGAGUGCACCGCAUCAUCAGGAUGGACCGCGGCCACGCCCUGCUGGUGGGGGUGGGCGGCUCCGGGAAGCAGUCCCUUACCAAACUGGCCGCAUUUACCGCAGGUUGCGAGGUCAGCCAGACACAUAUUUCGCAUCCCAACUGUUACCCUAUUCCUUAUAUUGUGCACUACUUUUGCUCUGGUCAAAAGUAGUGCACUAUGUAAGGAAUAAGGUUCCAUUUGGGACACAUCCAUCCUCUGCUACUGCUAAUAGGGGAGGACACCUUUAAUGAGACACCAGAAAAAUACCUUCUUAUAUGGACUGUUGUUUGCCUCUCAAGGUGUUUGAGAUUACACUGAGCAGAGGCUACUCAGAGACCAACCUCCGUGAGGACCUGAAGAUCCUGUAUCUGAAGCUGGGCAUUGAGGACAAGAAGACGGUUUUCCUCUUCACUGAUGCCCACGUGGCUGAGGAGGGCUUCCUGGAACUCAUCAACAAUAUGCUCACCUCGGGUAAAAACUUGAGCAUACACCAGCUCCCACACAUUGUGUGCAUCCCAAAUAGCACCCUAUUCCCUAGAUAGUGCACUACUUUGGACCAGAUAGGGCUCUGGUCCAAAGUAGUGCAAUAUCUAGGGAAUAGGGUGCCAUUUGGGACUCAGCCACUGGCUGUCUAUAGCCCUGCCCACUGUGUCUGGCUCUGCAGUCUGACUAACGCUCUGUGUGUGCAGGUAUGGUCCCUGCUCUGUUCCCAGAUGAUGAGAAGGAGAUGGUGCUGAACCAGCUCCGUGAUGAGGCCAUGAAGAUGGGCUCUGGCCCGUCCAAGGAGAGCGUGUGGCAGUACUUUGUCAACAAGAGUGCCAACAACCUGCACAUUGUCCUGGGAAUGUCCCCUGUGGGAGACACCCUGAGGACACGCUGCAGGAACUUCCCAGGUACACAACCCUUCACUACUGUUCACUUGGCUUUGUCUAUUGUCUGAAGAAUCGAUGUAAAUGCUCCUUGUCUCGUUUAUGUCACAGGGCUGGUGAACAACACUGGGAUUGACUGGUUCCUGCCAUGGCCUCCUCAGGCUCUACAUGCUGUGGCUCAGUCCUUCCUGGGUAUGGAAGCACAGAUUCACGCUUCCACCACCACUACAAUGUACUAGAAUUGUACAAUCAAUUAAUUUAUCUCUGACUGUGAUUAGGGUGUUCAUACAAGCUUUAUAGUGGUGCAACUGAACCAAUCAAUGUCAUGCCACAGGUGAGAGCCCGAUGAUUCCUGAGAGGCACUCGGCAGCCGUAAUUGCUCACGUGUGUAUGGUGCACGGCUCGGUGGGUGACUACAGCAAGAUGUUCCUGCAGAAACUCAGACGCAGCAACUACGUCACCCCCAAGAACUACCUGGACUUCAUCAGCACCUACGCCAACCUCCUGCAGGACAAGGACCAAUACAUCCUGGGUAAGAGGCAGCACAGAGUGGGAAAAAUAUCAAGCCUAAUUAAAGAGCCUUGGUUCUCUGCUACUGCUGUGCUGUAUUGCGAUGGUAUUAUUUUUUCCCUCUGUCCCUUGUGUGGUGUCCCAGCUCAGUGUAAGCGUCUGGAGGGUGGUCUGGAUAAGCUGGAGGAGGCCAGUGUGCAGCUAGCUGAGCUCAACAUCAAGCUGGCAGAGCAGAAGGUGGUUCUAGCAGAGAAAUCCUCCGCCUGUGAGAUCCUACUGCAGGAGAUAGCCACCAACACCACCGUGGGUCAGUGCAGUCAACACAGCAUUAGGCUUAGUUCCAAAUGUCCCCCAAUUCCAUAUACCCUAUUCCCUAUUUAGUGCAUUACUUAUGACCAGGGCUCAUACGCUAAUGCACUAUAUAGGGAAUAUGGUGCUAUUUGGGAAGCAGCCUUAAGACACGUUCGCUGUACCAAUACCAUGUUAAUUAUAGCCCACAGGGCAGCACAAGUAAACAAAACUCUCCUUCUCAUGUAGCUGAGGAGAAGAAGAAGCUGGCGGAGGACAAAGCCAAGGAGAUCGAGGAGCAGAACAAGGUGAUCGCUGUGGAGAAGAGGGAUGCUGAGAGCUCAUUGGCUGAGGCCCUGCCUGCUCUGGAGGCAGCCCGCAUCGCCCUGCAGAGCCUGGACAAGUCUGACGUCACUGAGAUCAGGUGCCCCUCCCUGCCUUCCCCCCUCUGUGCUCUGCUUUGCUCUGCUCCACAUCACCCCCCCUGAUUCUGUGUCCCACAAGUUAAACAGAGGUUGUGUCCCAAAUGGCACCCUAUUCACUAUAUAGUGCACUACUUUUGACUGUGCACUAUAUAGGGAAUAGAGUGUAAUUUUGGAGGCACUCAUAAUGUAGUGGUGAGUCUCAUCAGACAGAUCAGAAAGUAUGGGCCAGGAGUCAGCAGUCUGGUCCUGAUGGAGUGUCACGUUGUCAUCUGGCCUCUUCCCCGGCCCUUGGCUUUGAACGAAGGAAAAUUGUGUCAUAGGAAAAUUACAGAUGGUGAUUUUGGGAAAUGUUUGAUGUUGAUUAAUGGAACAAGUUACUCAGUGGCUUUAAAAGCUUACACAGAGCAAAGCAGACCUCCAGGAGCGGAACUGAACAAACCUGGUCCAGACCACUAACUUCAUAGAUAGAGGAGGCAGCUUUGGUUAGACACAAAUCAAUAAAAACAUAUAAUAUAAAAUACAUCACUCCCACACUUUAAAAACAUUCACUGUGAAUACGUUUCGAGUUUUUAUGCCAUCUGUUGAAGGAAGAUGUAAGUACGAACCUAGUGUGACCUAUGCUUUUUUCCGUGAUCCUUAUCCUAAUUCAUAAAAAACUAAAUUUCAACACUCCUCCAAAGAACGUACAGUGCCUUCAGAAAGUAUUCACACCCCUUGUAUUUUUCCACAUUUUGUUGUUACAAGGUGGGAUUAAAAUUGAUUUAAUUGUCAUUUUUUGUCAACGAUCUACACAGAAUACUCAAUGUCAAAGUGGAAGAAAACUUCUAACAUUUGUAUUUUUUAAAAUGAAAAAUAAAACACUAAUAUAUCUUGAUUACAUAAGUAUUCAACCCCCUGAGUCAAUACAUGUUAGAAUCACCUUUGGCAGUAAUUAUAUCUGUGAGUCUUUCUGGGUAAGUCUCAAAGAGCUCUGCACACCUGAUUGUACAAUAUUGGCACAUUAUUCUUUAAAAAAAUCUUCAAGCUCUGUCAAGUUGGUUGAUCAUUACUAGACAGCCAUUUUCAAGUCUUGCCAAAGAUUUUCAAACCAAUUUAGGUAAAAACUGUAACUAGACCACUCAGGAACAUUCAAUGUCAUCUUGGUAAGCAACUCCAGUGUAUAUUUGGCCUAAUGUUUUAGGUUAUUGUCCUGCUGAAGGUGAAUUUGUCUCCCAGUAUCUGUUGGAAAGCAUACUGAACCAGGUUUUCCUCUAGGAUUUUGCCUGUGCUUAGCUCUAAUCCGUUUCUUUUUAUCCUAAAAAAAGGAUAAAAAACCUACUCCUUGACGAUGACAAGCAUACCCAUAACAUGAUGCAGCCACCAUCAUGCUUGAAAAUAUGAAGAGUGGUACUCAGUGAUGUGUUGUGUUGGAUUUGCCCCAAACAUAACGCUUUGUAUUUUGGAAAUGAAGUUAAUUGUUUUGGCCACAUUUUUUGCAGUUUUACUUUACCAUCUUAUUGCAAACAGGAUGCAUGUUUUGGAAUAUUUUUUUUCUGUACAGGCUUCCUUCUUUUCACUCUGUCGUUUAGGUUGGUAUUGUGGAGUAACUACAAUGUUGUUGAUCCAUCCUCAGUUUUCUCCUAUCACAGCCAUUAAACUCUAACUGUUUUAAAGUCACCAUUGCCUCAUGGUGAUAUCCCUGAGUGGAUUUCGUUCCUCUCUGGCAACUGAGUUAGGAUGGACGCCUGUAUCUUUGUAGUGACUGGGUGUAUUGAAUCACCAUCCAAAGUGUAAUUAAUAACGUCACCAUGCUCAAAGGGAUAUUCAAAGUCUUAUUUUUUUUAUAUUUACUCAUCUACCAAUUGGUGCCCUUCUUUGCGAGGCAUUGGAAAACCUCCCUGGUCUUUGUUGUUGAAUCUGUGUUUGAAAUUCACUGCUUGACUGAGGGACCUUACAGAUAAUUGUAUGUGUGGGGUACAGAGAUGAGCUAGUCAUUCAGAAAUCAUGUUAAACGCUAUUAUUAAACACAGUGGGAGUCCAUGCAACAUAUUAUGUGAGUUGUUAAGCACAUUUUUACUCCUGAACCUAUUCAGGAUUGCCAUAACAAAGGGGUUGAAUAUUUAUUGACUCAAGACAUUUCUGCUUUUCAUUUUUUAUUAAUUUGUAAACAUUUCUAAAAACAUAAUUCCACUUUGACAUUAUGGGGUAUUGUGUGUAGGCCAAUGACACAAAAUCUCAAAUCCAAUCUUUUAUAAAUUCAGGCUGUAACACAACAAAAUGUGGUAAAAGUCAAGGGGUGUGAAUACUUUCUGAAGUCACUAUAAAUCCUAUUUUACAGAUCUUGCAGUCCUGUGUUGAGACGCUGUAUAUUCCCCCCUUGGAGAGGUGUAGUUUUUGCCAAUGGAUAAAAACUAAACAAACAUUUUCUGUGUGAUGAGGUGAUUUUGAAGGAGUCAGGCGCAGGAGGGUAAAUCACAGAAUAAUAGGAUUUAUUCUGAACCACAGAGUUACGCAGUAAUGCGUAAAAACACUACAGUGCGCAAAACAGGCGGAAAUCUCCCGGCGAUACAAAAUACACGGAGCUCCACCGAGCUUCUCUCUCCUCCACAAUUAACAAUCACACACAAAGACAAGGGGGCAGAGGGAACACUUAUAUAGGUACUGAUGAGGGGAUAUGAACCAGGUGUGUGUAAUAAACGAGACAAAACAAAUGGAAUGAUGAGAUGAGAAGCUGCAGUGGCUAGAAGGCCGGUGACGACGAACGGCGAAGCCUGCCCGAACAAGGAGAGGAGGCAGCCUCGGAGGAGGUUGUGACAGUACCCCCCCUUGACACGCAGCUCCAGCAGCGCACCGACACCGGCCUCGGGGACGACCAGGAGGACGUCGAGCAGGGCGAGCCGGAUGGCGGCGGUGGAAAUCCCGCAAAAGGGAGGGAUCGAGGAUAUCCCUCACCGGGUCCCAGCACCGCUCCUCCGGACCGUACCCCUCCCACUCCACGAGGUACUGAAGGCCCCCCACCCGACGCCUCGAAUCCAGGAUGGAACGGACGGAGUACGCCGGGCGGAGGGACCUCUCCCACCUCAGACUCCUGGAGCGGACCAACCACCACCGGCCUAAGGAGAGACACAUGGAACGAGUGGUUAAUGCGGUAAUCUGGAGGGAGUAGUAACCUAUAGGUAACCUUGUUUAUUCUCCUCAGGACUUUGAACGGCCCCACAAACCGCGGGCUCAGCUUCCGGCAGGGCAGGCGGAGGGGCAGAUUCCGGGUCGAGAGCCAGACCCAAUCACCCGGUACGAAGACCGGGGCCUCACUACGGUGGCGGUCAGCGUUGGCCUUCUGGCGACCCACGGCGCAUUGGAGGUGGAUGUGAGCAGCGUUCCACAUCUCCUCCGCACGCCGAAACCAGUCAUCCACCGCAGGAGCCUCGGUCUGGCUCUGAUGCCACGGUGCCAGAACCGGCUGAUAACCUAAAACACAUUGAAAUGCCGUUAGGUUAGUGGAGGAGUGGCGGAGAGAGUUCGGACAUAUUCGGCCCAUGGCAAGAACACCGACCACUCCCCCGGCCGAUCCUGGCAGUAGGACCGCAGGAACCUACCCACAUUCUGAUUCACAUGUUCCACAUGCCCAUUAGACUCGGGGUGAAAACCAGAGGUCAGGCUGACCGAGACCCCCAGACGUUCCAUGAACGCCUUCCAGACCCUGGAUGUGAACUGGGGACCCCGUUCAGACACUAUGUCCUCUGGCACCCCGUAGUGCCGGAAGACGUUUGUAAACAGGGCCUCCGCAGUCUGCAGGGCCGUGGGGAGACCGGGCAGAGAAAGGAGGCGGCAGGCUUUGGAAAAGCGGUCCUCAACGACAAGGAUGGUGGUGUUACCUUGAGAGAGGGGAAGAUCAGUAGGGAAGAAUAUACACAAGUGGGACCAUGGCCGUUGUGGAACUGGUAAGGGCUGUAACUUACCCGCUGGGAGGUGCCUAGGUGCCUUACUCUGGGCGCACACCGAGCAGGAGGAGACAUACAUCCUCAUGUCUUUAGCCAAGGUAGGCCACCAGUACUUCCCGGUCAGGCAGCGCACUGUACGACCGAUACCUGGGUGACCAGAGGAGGGGGCUGUGUGUGUCCAAUAGAUCAGACAGUCACGGACAAGAGAAGGCACGUACUGCAGCCCAGCUGGGCACUGAGGUGGAGAUGGCUCUGUGCGUAACACCCGCUUUAUGUCCGCGUCCAUCGCCCAUACUACCGGUGCCACAAUGCAGGAGGCCGGGAGUAUGGGGGUGUUGUCUAUGGGCCUCUCCUCUGUGUCGUACAGCCGUGACAGUGCGUCUGCCUUCACUUUCUUCGUACCCGGGAUGUAAGAUAGAGUAAAAUCAAACCGGGUGAACAAUAGGGCCCACCUGGCCUGGAGAGGGUUCAGCCUCCUCGCUGCCCGGAUGUACUCCAGGUAACGGUGGUCCGUCCAGACGAGGAAAGGGUGUUUUGCCCCCUCUAGCCAGUGCCUCCACACGGUCAGGGCUCGGACAACAGCCAACAGCUCCCGAUCACCAACGUCAUAGUUCUUCUCCGCCGGGCUGAGCAUCUUGGAAAAGAAAGCACAGGGUCGGAGUUUGGGUGGCGUGCCCGAGGACAGCACCUAUCCCUACCUCGGGCGCAUCCACCUCCACUACGAACGGUAGUGAUGGAUCGGAAUGGGCCAGUACCGGGGCUGAGGUGAACAGAACCCUCAGGUUACUGAAGGCCCUGUUAGCCUCAGCAGACCAGCGGAGCCAGGACGGCCCACCCUUCAACAGGGAUGUGAUGGGAGCUGCGACCUUGCCAAAGACCCGGAUAAACCUCCGAUAGUAGUUGGCAAAGCCAAUAAAGCCCUGCACCUCCUUGACCGUGGUUGGAGUCGGCCAAUUACGCACGGCUGAAAUGCAAUCUCCCUCCAUCUCCACACCUGAGGUGGUAAUGCGGUAUCCGAGGAAGGAGACGGACUGUUGGAAAAACAGACCAAGCAUGUCCCGAAACACCUCAUUCACAAGGACUGGAAGACGGAUGGAGCGUUCAUCAAACCGUAAGGCAUCACCAGGUAUUCGUAAUGCCCCGUGGUUGUGCUGAAUGCGGUCUUCCACUCGUCCCCCUCUCGGACACGCACCAGGUUGUACGCACACCGGAGAUCUAAUUUUGUGUAGAAGUGCACCCCAUGCAUUGACUCGAUCACAGAUGGAAUGAGGGGUAGAGGAUAACUAUAACGUAUUGUCCCCUUGUUCAGUGCUCGGUAAUCAAUGCAAGGGCGCAGACCUCCGUCUUUCUUCUUCACAAAAAAUAAACUUGAGGAGGCAGGCGAAGUGGAGGGACGUAUGAACCCCUGGAGCAGGGACUCGGACACGUAUGGCUCCAUAGCCUCCGUUUCAGCCUGCGACAGGGGAUAGACGUGACUCUUGGGAGGCACAGCAUCCAUCCGGAGGUUUAUCGCGCAAUCCCCCGCCCAAUGAGGUGGUAAUUUGGUCGCCUGCGUUUUGGAAAACGUGUGCGCCAAAUCGAGGUAUUCGGGGGGAAUGCGCACGGUGGAGGUAGUGUCUGGACUUUCCACCGUGGUUGCACCAACGGAAACACCUAGACACCUACCCGGACACUCUCGCGACCACCCCGGUUAGAUCCCUCUGCAGCCAUGAAAAGGUGGGGUUGUGUAGUGCUAACCAGGGAAGACCUAACACGACAGGGAAAUCAGGAGACUCAAUAAUAAAAAAUGUGACUUGCUCUCGAUGAGUCUUGUGCGUAUCCAUAGUGACUAGUGCUGUAACUUCCCUAACGAACCCGGAACCUAAUGGUCGACUGUCAAAUGCUCUGAUGGGGAGUGGAAUGGAUAGGGGAACCAAUGUAAUGCCUAGACUAUGUGCAAAUGACCUGUCCAUAAAGUUCCCAGCUGCGCCUGAAUCGACUAGCGCCUUACACUGUGGAACUACCGUGUAAUCAGGAAAGUGGAUGUGUAGGGUACAGUGCACAGCAGAGGGCUCUGAACGAGUGUGAGUGUUCGAUUCCUGGGGUGACGCGAGAGUGCCCUGCCUGCCGCCUCCAGACCCAAAAGAACGCCGACGACAGCAUGCAGCAGAAUGUCCUCCCGUGCCACAAGAGUGACACUGGCGCUGUCGUCCUCCGCUCUCCCGGAUCGCCGCUCCAUCAUCUCGGCUGGUCCGACCAGCCGCUCGCCCGUCUCUCUAUCUUCGGGCGGAUGAUCGAAGACUGCCCGAAAGAGGCGAGCGAACUCCCCGUAGUUGUCCAACGCGGCUCCUCCUUCACUCCAGACCGCGUUGGCCCACUCCAGGGCUUUCCCUGAGAGGCAGGAGACGAGGGCGGACACCUCACCCGCUCCGAUGGAGCCGGCCUGAUGGUUGAGAAGUAUAAAUUCAUUUGUAGGAGGAAUCCCUGGCAGAGGGCAGCUGUCCCGUCAAAAUCCCAUGGUCGAGAUAUAUGAAUCCCUCUGGGUGCUGGAGUGUGGGUGGCUGGAUCCGGUCGCUCAGCUGGUCCCGAAAGAUCGGGUCUUCUCCUCUUCAGGCAUUGGACAACCUGGAGAACCCGAUCCAUCGCUUCUCCCAAGCUGAUUAGCAUAGUCGAAUGCUCCCGGACCCGUGCCACGACUCCAGGCAGGUGCUUCUCUCCUGCUGACUCCUUGGUCGCGGUGUGUGAUUCUGUGAUGAGGUGAUUUUGAAGGAGUCAGGCGCAGGAGGGUAAAUCACAGAAUAACAGGAUUUAUUCUGAACCACAGAGUUACGCAGUAAUGCGUAAAAACACUCCAGUGCGCAAAACAGGAGCACUGGAAAAUACAAGGCACACAGGGAAAUCUCCCAGCGAUAAAAAAUACACAGAGCUCUCUCUCCUCCACAAUAAACAAUCACACACAAAGACAAGGGGGCAAAGGGAACACUAAUACAGGUACUGAUGAGGGGAUAUGAACCAUGUGUGUGUAAUAAACAAGACAAAACAAAUGGAAUGAUGAGAUGAGGAGCGGCAGUGGCUAGAAGGCCGGUGACGACGAACGGCAAAGCCUGCCCGAACAAGGAGAGGAGGCAGCCUCGGAGGAGGUCGUGACAUUCUGGUUUAGAUUGUUUUCCCGCUUGACUCGUUUAAAAUAGCAAUUUGUACUUGGUGAAUCUGCUACGUCAGUUUGGGAUAUUACAACAACAAAGAAGUUACUUCAAAUAACGAACACUGUUUUUUUCCCUCAGACAUCAUUACAUGCGCAAUAGAACAGCAGAGUAUGUACUGCGAUAUAUUUUAAUUUUUUUACCAUGAUACCAGACGUUCCUCUCCUCUGUUUCAUCAACAAAAUAAUAACAAAGGCGCUACGGCAAACAGUGGCGCUGUUUCCAGCUUUAACAAAAGUUGUUGCCCUAGAGCUCCAUUCAUGUUCAUUGAUUAUUGUUUUCCUGUGCCUGUCUCUCUGGUUGUGCUUCUGUCUUCUCGUCUGGCGCGCCAACCCUUGCAGAUCAUUUGCCAAGCCACCCAAACAGGUGCAGGUGGUAUGUGAGUGCAUCCUGGUAAUGCGAGGCCAGAAGGAGAUCAGCUGGAAGUCAGCCAAGAGCAUGAUGUCAGAGGGCAACUUCCUGCGCGCAUUGAUGGAGAUGGACUGUGAUGCCAUCAACCCCAGCCAGGUCAAGACUGUCAGAGGUAGGUAGGUCACUUCUGUUCUGUGGUGUUCAUGCCAAAACAGGACAACAAUAGGUCUAACUAUAUACAUAUUGCAACUUUAACAUACAGUGAGGGAAAAAUUUGAUCCCCUGCUGAUUUUGUACGUUUGCCCACUGACAAAGAAAUGAUCAGUCAAUCAUUUUAAUGGUAGGUUUAUUUGAACAGUGAGAGACAGAAUAACAACAAAAAAAUCCAGAAAAACGCAUGUCACAAAUGUUAUAAAUUGAUUUGCAUUUUAAUGAGGGAAAUAAGUAUUUGACCUCCUCUCAAUCAGAAAGAUUUCUGGCUCCCAGGUGUCUUUUAUACAGGUAACGAGCUGAGAUUAGGAGCACACUCUUAAAGGGAGUGCUCCUAAUCUCUGCUUGUUACCCGUAUAAAAGACACCUGUCCACAGAAGCAAUCAAUCAAUCAGAUUCCAUACUCUCCAUCAUGGCCAAGACCAAAGAGCUCUCCAAGGAUGUCAGGGUCAAAUUGUAGACCUACACAAGGCUGGAAUGGGCUACAAGACCAUCGCCAAGCAGCUUGGUGAGAAGGUGACAACAGUUGGUGCAAUUAUUCGCAAACGGAAGAAACACAAAAUAACUGUCAAUCUCCCUCGGCCUGGGGCUCCAUGCAAGAUCUCACCUCGUGGAGUUGCAAUAAUCAUGAGAACGGUGAGGAAUCAGCCCAGAACUACACAGGAGGAUCUUGUCAAUGAUCUCAAGGCAGCUGGGACCAUAGUCACCAAGAAAACAAUUGGUAACACACUACGCCGUGAAGGACUGAAAUCCUGCAGUGCCCGCAAGGUCCCCCUGCUCAAGAAAGCCCAUAUACAGGCCCGUCUGAAGUUUGCCAAUGAACAUCUGAAUGAUUCAGAGGAGAACUGGAUGAAAGUGUUGUGGUCAGAUGAGACCAAAAUAGAGCUCUUUGGCAUCAACUCAACUCGCCGUGUUUGGAGGAGGAGGAAUGCUGCCUAUCACCCCAAGAACACCAUCCCCACCAUCAACAUGGAGGUGGAAACAUUAUGCUUUGGGGGUGUUUUUCGGCUAAGGGGACAGGACAACUUCACCGCAUCAAAGGGACGAUGGACGGGGCCAUGUACCAUCAAAUCUUGGGUGAGAACCUCCUUCCCUCAGCCAGGGCAUUGAAAAUGGGUCGUGGAUGGGUAUUCCAGCAUGACAAUGACCCAAAACACACGUUCAAGGCAACAAAGGAGUGGCUCAAGAAGAAGCACAUUAAGGUCCUGGAGUGGCCUAGCCAGUCUCCAGACCUUAAUCCCAUAGAAAAUCUGUGGAGGGAGCUGAAGGUUCGAGAUGCCAAACGUCAGGCUCGAAACCUUAAUGACUUGGAGAAGAUCUGCAAAGAGGAGUGGGACAAAAUCCCUUCUGAGAUGUGUGCAAACCUGGUGGCCAACUACAAGAAACGUCUGACCUCUGUGAUUGCCAAUAAGGGUUUUGCCACCAAGUACUAAGUCAUGUUUUGCAGAGGGGUCAAAUACUUAUUUCCCUCAUUAAAAUGCAAAUCAAUUUAUAACAUUUUUGACAUGCGUUUUUCUGGAUUUUUUUGUUGUUAUUCUGUCUCUCACUGUUCAAUUAAACCUACCAUUAAAAUUAUAGACUGAUCAUGUCUUUGUCAGUGGGCAAACGUACAAAAUCAGCAGGGGAUCAAAUACUUUUUUCCCUCACUGUACAUUAUGAGCACUCAAAAAGCAAAUACCAGGUAACUGCCAAAAUAAAGGAAACACCAACAGUGUCUUAAUAGGGUGUUGGGCCACCAUGAGCCGCAAGAACAGCUUCAAUGCUCCUUGGCGGAAGUUCUACAAGUGUCUGGAACUCUGUUGGAGGGAUGCGACACCAUUGUUCCACAAUAAAUAAUUUGGUGUUUGUGGUGGAGGGAAAUGCUGUCUCAGGCACCGCUCCAGAAUCUCCCAUAAGUGUUGAGAUCUGGUGAGUGGUGACUGAGACACACACACACACACACACUUUAAAUCCCCUAUGCUCCUUUGAGACCCCUCUUUCAAAGUAACUGAGAGCUCUUCUUCUAGCCAUGGUAGCCAAAAUAAUCGGCAACUGGGCAUAUUUAUACAUGACCCUAAGCAUGAUGGGAUGUUAAUAGAUUCAUUAACUCAGGAACCACACCUGUGUGGAAGCACCUGAUUUCAAUAUACUUUGUAUGCCUCGUUUACUCAAGUGUUUCCUUUAUUUUGGCAGUUACUUGUAUAUGUUCACUCUAUUGCCCUGUGUUUCCCCUGGCCAGGCUUCUUGAAGAACCUGAACACCAGCUUUGAGGAGAUGCAGGCCAUCAGUAAGGCUGGCUCUGGGAUGCUCAAGUUUGUGGAGGCUGUCAUGGGCUACUGUGACGUCGCCAGGGAGAUCAAGCCCAAGAGAGAGAAGGUAACAUGAUCCAGGCAAUGUCAUAGAGAUAGUUACUUUUACUUUGAUCGGCACAGGGGAAGUGCCAUAGUCAUGGAUCUCUUUUGAUUACGUUUUAGGCAUAACACUAUCCAGCACACGGCCCAUGCCAGUUAAAUUGCACCAGCCUAUAAGAAUCAGCAGUGUUGUGUUAGUGGUGUUUCAACCCCCCUGGCUGUCUGUUGCAGGUGGCGCGCCUAGAGAAGAACUUCUUCCAGAGCAAGCGUGAGCUGGAGCGUAUUCAGAACGAGCUGGGGACCAUCCAGAGGGAGCUGGGGGCGCUGGGGGACAAGUACAGUGCUGCCAUGGGGGAGAAGCAGCUGCUGCAGGAGGAGGCUGAGGUCAUGGAGAGGAGGCUGAUCGCGGCUGACAAACUCAUCUCAGGCCUGGGCUCGGAGAAUGAGCGGUGAGGACAGCACAGUGGAGUGUAUAUACACACAGACUCAGCAUGACUUACAGCCAGUUGAAGGCUGUGGACCAUGUCUAUAUGUCCCCAAUUUGUAAGUCGCUCUGGAUAAGAGUGUCUGCUAAAUGACUCAAAUGUAAUGUAAAUGUAUAUCCCACUUGGCAAAAACGGGUUGAAUCAACGUUGUUUCCAUGUCAUUUCAACAAAAACUUUCAAUGUGAUGAUGUUGAAUCAACAUGGAAAAUUGAUUGGAUUUGCAAAAAGUCAUCAACGUAAGGGGAUUCAGUCUUUUUUUCACCCAACUUUGAACCUAAAUCCAAUGACAUGGUGAAUGUUUUUGUUGAUUUCACGUUAGUUGACAACUCAAUCAAAUAUAAACCAAAACUAGAUGUUGAAAUGACGUCUGUGCCCUACCUUUUCUGUAUCUGUCUCUUCCUCCUCUUCUCGUCUUCCUCUCCUUCUUCCUCCUCCCAGAUGGACAGAUGACCUGGAGGAGUUGAAGCAGCGUCGUGUGCGUCUCCUAGGCGACUGCCUGAUCUGUGCUGCGUUCCUGAGCUACGAGGGGGCAUUCAGCUGGGACUUCAGGAAUGAGAUGGUGUUUGACGUGUGGGAGAAGGAUGUGUUGGAGAGAGGCAUCCCUCUCAGCCAGCCCUUCAGAGUGGAGAGCCUACUAACCGACGAGGUGGAGAUCAGCAGGUCAGAGACAGUCUGUGGACUGUACCUGUGUGUUGGUGUGUGUAAGUGUGUGUGCGUACGUACGUACGUACGUGCAUUCAUGCUUGCAUUCGUGAAUGCGUGUUUUUUUUAUGCAUGUGUUUCCGUGUCUGUGUCUGUGUAAAAGGAAUAGAGAGAGUAAAGGUGUCUGUGUUGUAGAUGGGGCUCAGAGGGCCUGCCUCCAGAUGAGCUGUCAGUCCAGAACGGGAUUCUGACCACCAGGGCCAGCCGCUUCCCCAUGUGUAUCGAUCCCCAACAGCAAGCCCUCAACUGGAUCAAAAAGAAGGAGGAGAAGUUCAACCUCAAGGUACGGCUGACUUUAUCAGCUGACUUGACAGGAUCUAACUAUUAUUCUUUAACAUUUGCAAAUUACUGGAAGUCAUUUACUGGAUGUUAUUCUUACACUGUAUGUGAUUUACCUUUUCCAUAGAUCUCUUCAUUCAAUGACCCAGACUUCUUGAAGCAGCUGGAGAUGGCCAUCAAGUAUGGCUUUCCCUUCCUGUUCCAAGACGUGGAUGAGUACAUUGACCCUGUGAUCGACAACGUCCUGGAGAAGAACGUGAAAGGAGCCGAGGGCCGGCAGGUUAUAACGCUGGGGGACAAGGAGGUAGACUACGACCCCAACUUCAAACUCUACCUCAACACCAAGCUGUCCAACCCCAAGUACUCUCCCUCUGUGUUCGGGAAGGCUAUGGUCAUCAACUACACUGGUGAGACGUCUCUGUAUGUCAGGACACCUGUGUCUAUACUGUAUGUGGUGUGAGUGUGUGGGGUAACAGUUUGUGUGCGUGUGUGUGUGCAUGCGUGUGUGUGUCUCUCUCAGUGACGCUGAAGGGUCUGGAGGACCAGCUGCUGAGUGUGAUCGUGGGCUUUGAGCGUAAGGAGCUGGAAGAGCAGCGGGAGAGGCUGAUCCAGGAGACCAGUGAGAACAAGAAGCUGCUGAAAGACCUGGAGGACUCUCUGCUGAGGGAGCUCUCCACCUCCACAGGCAACAUGCUGGAUAACGUGGAGCUGGUCCACACUCUGGAGGAGACCAAGUCCAAGGCCAGCGAGGUACGUCUGGAGACAGGGAUACACUCACUCUCAAGGGGAAGACGUCAGAGAGCAUGAGGCCUGGGCAAUCUUAAUGCUUUGUCUGUGUUCUCUAAUGUAACCCCCCAGGUGUUUGAGAAGCUGAAGCUGGCAGAGAAGACAUCAACAGACAUUGAUAAGCUGCGAGAUGGCUACCGUCCCGCUGCCAAGCGCGGUGCCAUCCUGUUCUUUGUGCUGGCGGAGAUGGCCCUGGUGAACAGCAUGUACCAGUACUCUCUGGCCUCCUACCUGGAGGUGUUUGACUUCUCCCUGCGCAAGUCCCUGCCUGACUCCAUCCUGCCCAAGAGGCUGAAGAAUAUCAUGGACACCCUGACAUACAACGUCUACAACUAUGGAUGCACAGGUGAGGUGACAGGGUGUCCAGGAAUGGUAGAACCUGGACUUUUGUGGGAACAGUUAUGUGAAGUUGGGAUUGAUACGAAACUGUGUGUGCUGCGUGGUGUGUGGUGUGGUGUGUGUGUGUAUGUGUGUGAGUGACUCCUCAGGUCUGUUUGAGAGACACAAACUGCUGUUCUCCUUCAACUUGACCAUAAAGAUUGGGCAGCCAGAGGGGAGGGCUCCCCAGGAGGAGCUGGAGUUCUUCCUCAAGGGUGAGAGACAUCAUAUGAUGUAAUCUACCAUACACUCACAUAAACACAGCACACCAACUUGGAGACAUAACUCACAUACACUUUUAACACUUACAUUUCUCUCUCUGUGCUCUCCAAUCCAGGCAACCUGUCCCUGGAGAUGAGCAAGAGGAAGAAGCCGUGUCCCUGGCUUCCAGGCCAGGGCUGGGAGGACAUCAUACGACUGGCUGAGCUCUUCCCUGCUGAGUUUGGCACUCUACCAGACGACGUGGAGAAGAACCUGCCAGAGUGGAAGACUGUGAGUAACACCAUCCAAUCUUGUGACCUAGUGACACACUGAAUAUGUUCCUAUGUAGAAUGGUUCAUUGUUAACCUUCCUCUCUGCUGUCCUCUCAGUGGUAUGACCUGGAUGGGCCGGAGCAGGCGCCCUUCCCCAUUAAGUAUAAAGAGAACCUGACUGCCUUCCAGAAGCUGCUGUUACUGCGCUGCUUCCGCCUGGACAGAGUCUACCGGGCUGUCACUGACUAUGUCACCAUCACCAUGGGAGAGAAGUAAUAGAGCGUUCUCCUACUUGUAAACAAACCUGAACUCCUAUUGCUUUGAUCCAAAAUACCUUGACUUGUGGACUCAGUGUUUCUCCCUAUUCACGUUCCACUGUCUACCUCGACCCCCUCCCUCUCAGGUAUGUGCAGCCCCCUGUGAUCAGUUUCGAGGCCAUCUAUGAGCAGAGCACACCCAACUCCCCGAUCGUGUUCAUCCUGAGCCCCGGCUCCGACCCAGCCAGUGAUCUCAUGAAGCUGGCUGAGAGGUCUGGCUUUGGGGGCAGCAGGCUCAAGUUUCUGGCCAUGGGACAAGGCCAGGAGAAGGUACCAGACAACACUCAUUAAUCACAGCGAUAGAGCUUCCAAUGUUACCACAUGUACUUUUGGUGCACAUUCAACCACAAAGCUAAUUGUAAUGUUGUUAGUACGAUACAGUAUUGUUGUUGUGUGCUGUAGGUGGCGCUGCAGCUGCUGGAGACGGCGGUAUCUCGGGGCCAGUGGCUGAUGCUGCAGAACUGCCACCUGCUGGUGAAGUGGCUGAAGGACCUAGAGAAGUCCCUGGAGAGGAUCACCAAGGCACACCCUGACUUCAGACUGUGGCUCACCACAGACCCCAUCAAAGACUUUCCCAUCGGCAUCCUACAGAAGUCUCUCAAGGUGAGGAAGAGCUCUAACUCAGUCAAACAGGCCUGCUACCUACUGUAGCUAACACAGACUGUUGCUUACUGCAGCUAACUGUAUACAAUGUGACUUAGUUUUAUGAUAAAGUGUCUGUCCGUCUCUGAUUCACUCUUCCAACACCAUACAGUCUUCCCAGCCAGAUUCGUUCACCUAAUCACGGCAGAACUGAGCCAUUGAGGAUUGAAGCGAAUUGAGCUUUAGGACCUGAUCUCUGUGUCUCUGUUUGUCCAGGUGGUGACAGAGCCUCCCAACGGGCUGAAGCUGAACAUGAGGGCAACCUUCUUUAAGAUCGCCCACGAGACUCUGAUGGGCUGCCCCCACCCGGCCUACCGCAGUCUGGUCUAUGUGCUGUCGUUCUUCCACGCUGUGGUGCAGGAGAGACGCAAAUACGGCAAGAUCGGCUGGAACGUGUCCUACGACUUUAACGAGUCUGACUUCCAGGUGAGUGGGAAAAUUACUGUUUUUAACAGCAUCCACAGGACUUACACUAUUGAUUACAUUUCCAUUUACUUCAUAGUAAUUUCCUUUUGCUGAUCAGUUUAAAUGUAAUGUCUGUAACUCCACUCUUUGUGUGUGCUGAUGUGGAUGUUCCUAUGUUGACCAGGUGUGCAUGGAGAUCCUGGACACCUACUUGACCAAAGCCCACACUCAGGGAGACACCAAGAUCCCCUGGGGAAGUCUCAAGUACCUCAUAGGAGAGGUCAGGCUCACCUCUUCAUACAUCACAUUGACUUAACAAUGAUAAUACAGAAUCCUAUUAGUAUAAUAGCCUAGCUGUGUGUGUGUGUGUGUGUGUGUGUGUGUGUGUGUGUGUGUGUGUGUUUACACUCCCUUUCUCAGGUAAUGUAUGGAGGCAGGUGUAUAGAUAGCUUUGACCGCAGGAUCCUGACGGUCUACAUGGAUGAGUACCUGGGAGACUUCAUCUUUGACACCUUCCAACCCUUCCACUUCUUCCACAACAAGGAGGUGGACUACAAGAUCCCUCCUGACGGGCCCAAGGAAAAUUAUGUUGGUCAGUGGAUGUAGUUCACUGGUCUGAUAUACAGACUACAAAUGUAGCUUUUUACAUACGAUUUCUGCUGCACAGCCCUUGUUGUUAUUAACUUGUAGUUGUCAUCCAUCUUCUCUGAUUGACUUGCUAUGUAUCACAGGGGAGAUUGAGACCCUGCCCCUGGCCAACACUCCAGAGGUGUUUGGUCUGCACCCUAAUGCUGAGAUUGGAUACUACACACAGGCAGCCCGCGACAUGUGGACCCAUCUGAUAGAUCUGCAGCCUCAGACUGGUAACAGAAACCACACACACACACACACCCACAGACUGAAGGUAAUCUGGCCUCCUCACCUUUCUGUCGUGGUCCUCAGGUGAGUCUGGCGGAGGCAUCAGCAGGGAUGAGUACAUCAGCAACGUGGCCCGGGACAUCCAGAACAAGCUGCCCCAGGUGUUUGACCUGGACGUGAUCCGUAAGAAGUUUGGCUUGGAGAUCUCCCCCACCUCUGUGGUGCUGCUGCAGGAGCUGGAGCGCUUCAACAAGCUCAUCGUCAGGAUUGGACGCUCUCUGGCUGAGUUGCAGAGGGUGAGAGAGGGGGAGGAGACAGGCAGGAACAGUGAGGGGUAGUGAAAGAGGAAGAACUACAGGGACAGACUGUCAUGUGGCCUUCCUUUGUAUCUACAUAAAAGUAUAAUUAUCUUUAGAACAUUUGCUGUUGUCUAUUGCAUAUUUACUAAAGGAACCAGGUGAGAUACCACACCUAUAGUUUGGUAUGGUGACAUGAACUAAGAAAUGUGUCUUUGUGCCUUUAGGCUCUGGCUGGUGAGGUGGGCAUGAGUAGUGAGCUGGAUGAGGUGGCACGCGCCCUCUUCAACGGCAUGAUCCCUGCCAUCUGGAGGAAGCUGGCACCUGAUACCCUCAAGUCCCUGGGCAACUGGAUGAUCCACUUCAAGAGGCGUUACGAGCAGUACAACUCCUGGGUGAGCAUUCUGCGCUCAUAUCUCUCAGAAGAUUGGUUUAGUUUUUAGGAUCCCCAUUAGCUGUUGCUCAUGCAGAUAUGUUAUUCAAGGUCACUCUUUCUUGGUAUCAAAGUAUCCAUGAUGUAUAGUACAUAUUAAUAUAAAUAUACAUUUUCCGUGUAAAUACAGUAUGUACAUGCAUGCUUGUGUAUGUAGUGGUUGUGUAGUUAUGUUGUCCUGUAUGGUUCUUCCUCCCAGGUGGAUGAAGGGGAGCCCAAUGUGAUGUGGUUGUCUGGGCUGCAGAUCCCAGAGUCCUACCUGACUGCUCUGGUUCAGGCCACCUGCAGGAGGAACGGCUGGCCGCUGGACCGCUCCACACUCUACACACAGGUCACCCAGUACACCACUGAGGAGGAGGUCAACGAGAGGCCUGGACAGGGUGAGAGUCCUCUAACACACACACACACACACACACAGACAGACAGACAGACAGACAGACAGACGGACACACAGUGAUGCUUUGAUACUGAAGGUUGUGGUUGUGUUCUCCCAGGCUGCUUCGUGUCAGGCCUGUAUCUGGAGGGAGCAGACUGGGACACAGAGAGGGGUUGUCUGAUCAGGAGUAAACCCAAAGUACUGGUGGUCCAGCUGCCCAUCCUGAAGGUCAUCCCCAUAGAAGCACAUCGCCUCAAACUACAGGUAGGGGGCAGCACCACUCACAACCUUAUCACUUCAGAUUCUGUGCUAAGUGACUUCGCUAGUGGCCUCUCUAGCAAUGCAGUUUCAUUGUUUUAAAAUGUCUGUUUUGCCGUUUUCUAACUGUGUCCAAAUGUCUGUGUGUUUGUUUCGUAGAAUACUCUGAGGACUCCAGUGUACACAACUUCCAUGAGGAGGAAUGCUAUGGGUGUGGGGCUGGUGUUUGAGGCAGAUCUCUUCACCACCAAGCACAUCUCCCACUGGGUGCUGCAGGGAGUCUGUCUGUGCCUCAACGCAGACUGA